AAAUUACAAAAAAGAAAAAGAAAACAUGGCUAAGCUAGCAUCUAUUGGUUCUAUUCUAACAAUCUCAUGCCUUCUCGUAUUCACGCAAGAUGUGUACGCGAGAAAGCAAGGCCCCGUCGCGGAGGAAGAGAGCUUCCUCCGCGACAUCUUCCUAGGGAAAGAAAAGAUCGUGAAGAUCCAUUUAUACGUCCAAGAUCUUCAGGUGGGACACCCCAACGCCACCGUGUUCGAGGUGGCGACAUCCUCCAUAACCAAUACGUCUCCGUACAGCUUCGGCAGCAUCCAUGUCCUCGACGACCUGAUCACGGAGGAGCCGGACAUCAACUCCCGGCCGCUCGGCCGCGUCCAAGGGCUCACCACCAACGCCGACCUCUCGACGUACGGCAUCCACUUGAACCUCAACUUCUACUUCACGGUGGGGAAGUUAGCCGGCAGCACGCUCAGCAUCCUCGGCCGGAACCAGAUCUUGGACGACCAACGGGAGUUUCCGGUGGUCGGCGGCACCGGCAUUUUCCGAUUUACUCGUGGAUACGCAAUCCAGACCUUCUACCCCAUGGAUCCGGCCGUCCCCAAUUACGAUGUGUUGGAAUACACCAUCUACGCCACCUACGAUUCUAAGCUCGGCGAGAGUGAUGUUGUUGAGAUUGCUCAAAUGUGAGGGAAUUCAAAUCGAGACUUCCAUUGUGUUAUAGAUAUGUUUAUGUACGCGAUGAUGAAAUGUGGUCUGUUGGUAAGACGCUUAAUUAUCGCAUUCAACGUGAGUUUGUUUUUCUUGUAUUUGGUAAAAGACACAUUAAUUAAGAAAUAAAAGAUGUAUGCGUGUGUUGGUCAAGCGAUACAGUGGUUAAUGCUUUUGCACACGUACAUCGUGUGUGUAUUUAUGACGUCAUCCGAUAAUUAAAGUGUUAUCUAAAAUUUUCUUCAAUGUUAUGUGUGUGUGUGUUUAGAUUUUAGUUAAAAAUCCUUUUGUAUCUUAAAUUUUCUUCAAUAUCAGUAUAAUAAAAUUGAUCUGUUAUUUUAUUUA